UUUCUUUCCUUGGAAAACUUUGGAAAUUCCUUUUCACACUUGACUUUUCCAGCUCCACGGAGGUCGAUGACAUGAUCAGAAAAUCCACAAACCUGCUGCUGACCCGGACCCUGAGCAACUGCUUACAGAAUGUCAUCAAGAGGAAAAACGUUGGCCUGACAGAGUUGGUUCAGAUCAUCAUCAACACCACCCACCUGGAGAAAUCCUGCAAAUCCCUGGAGCAAUUCCUGCCCAGCAUCACCCACGUGCAGCCCCAGGCCCUGCACACCACCAAACUCUACGGCACCACCGCCUUCAAGGACGCGCGGCACGCCGCCGAGGAGGAGAUUUACACCAACCUCAACCAGAAGAUCGAUCAGUUCGUGCAGCUGGCUGACUACGACUGGACAGCCCCAGAGGCCGGCCCCAGGGCCAGCGACUUCCUGCUCGACCUCAUUGCCUUCCUGCGCAGCACCUUCGCCGUGUUCACACACCUGCCGGAUUCCCUGUUUCAGUUUGGGAGGAAAUUUGUCAUUGAUGUUUUUAGGAAAUAG